CACAGAUGAAAACCGAAGUGAAAAAAACACCGGUAAAAGUUGACACGGCGAGUGAAUGAGUCAGUGAAGACGAGGAGAAGGAAAAACGGCGUCAUUUUAGAAAAAAAUGUAAUCGUUACCUGGGGCUCUGCGCUAAACCGGAAGCAAAAUCUUCUGACCCAGCGGCUCCCAACCAACCCCCCAGACCUCCAACAGAUAUGGGACCUCUUCCCUGUCACAUCCCCCUCCUCCUCUUGGUCCUCCUCCUGUCCAACCCUUGUACCUCCGCCAGGCCCGCUGUUGUUGAACGAACAUCUGGCCCUCAGCAUACCGAGCCCACUGGUAACGCCACAGGCACGGGCAAGCGGACUUGUGCGGGGAAUGUCGUGUGUAAACCGGGCAUACUGUUGCCUGUGUGGUUGCCUCUGGAUCCGCCUCUUGGGGAGCGAGCAGGGAGGGCUGUCAUAUACUUCCUGUGUCUUAUGUACAUCUUCCUGGGUGUGUCCAUCAUUGCAGACCGCUUUAUGGCAUCGAUCGAAGUCAUUACCUCUCAGGUUAAAGAGGUGACCAUCACCCAACCCAGCGGAGAGACAACAGUAACCUCAGUCCGAAUCUGGAACGAAACUGUCUCCAACCUCACGCUCAUGGCACUGGGCUCUUCUGCUCCUGAAAUCCUGCUUUCCGUCAUUGAGGUGUGCGGCCAUAACUUUGCAGCAGGGGAUCUGGGCCCGGGUACCAUUGUGGGCAGUGCCGCCUUCAAUAUGUUUGUAAUUAUCAGUUUAUGCGUGUGGGUGAUCCCCGAUGGAGAGUCUCGUAAGAUCAAGCACCUGCGAGUAUUUUUUAUUACAUCUUUCUGGAGUAUCUUUGCCUACAUUUGGCUGUACCUCAUACUUGCUGUGAUAUCACCUGGGAUCGUAGAGGUGUGGGAAGCCAUGGUGACGCUGCUUUACUUCCCAGUGUGCGUUUUACUGGCGUGGAUUGCCGACCGCCGCUUGCUUUUCUACAAAUAUAUGCAUAAACGUUACCGUGCUGAUAAACGACACGGUAUUGUUGUGGAAAUGGAGGGCGACCUUGAACCCAAAUUUAGUGACGUUAUCAUGGAUGGAAAGACCUCGGAUGGCAUUUUGUGCACUGCAAAGCCCUCAAGUGUGACAGUUUCUGUACAAACAGGAAGUGACAUUGACCAGAACAAGGAUGAGGUGGUCCGUAUCCUGAAAGACCUGAAGGAUAAACACCCAGACAAAAACAUUGACCAGCUUAUUGAAAUGGCCAAUUAUUCUGCGUUGGUUCAGCAGAAGAAAAGUCGAGCGUUUUACCGCAUCCAGGCCACUCGUUUGUUAAUCGGUGCUGGAAACUUACUGAGGAAACACGCCGCCGAACACUCACGGCGUGCUGGUGCUGCAGGUCAGGAAGACGACAAACUUACAUGCUCUCACAUUUGCUUUGAGAGUGGCCAGUAUCAGUGCACAGAGAACUGUGGAACGUUGAGCCUCUGGGUGGUCCUUGAUGGGGGGACCGGCCAGAACACUUUCUAUGUGGAUUACUGCACGGAAAACGGUUCUGCCAAUGCCGGAGCUGACUAUGAAUUUAGUGAAGGCACCCUGACAUUUAAGCCAGGGGAUACUCGGAAAGAGAUCAAGGUGAACAUUUUGGAUGACGACAUUUUCGAAGAGGACGAGCAUUUCUUUGUGCGUCUUCAGAAUCUGAGGUUAGAAGAGGGUGGCGAUGACGGGACAGGAGGUUCCCCCAAGGGCAGGCUGGUGGAGCCGCUGGUUGCCACUGUCACUAUCUUGGACGAUGACCAUGCUGGCAUCUUCACCUUUGGUCAGGGGGUUCUGCGGGUGAGUGAGAGUACAGGCACGCUGACGGUGACGGUGGUGAGGAACUCAGGUUCCAGGGGUACCGUUUCUGUACCGUAUCACACAGAGGACGGCAGUGCUAAAGCUGGAGUGGACUACGAGGAGACCAGAGGCGAGCUGGAAUUUACCAAUGAACAGACCAGUCAGACAUUACAAGUUCACAUUAUAAAUGUGGAGGAGUAUGAAAAACAAGAACGGUUCUUCAUUGUGCUUGAGGAGCCUAAAUGGCUGAAACGAGGACUCUCUGCAUUACUGCUUAAUCAGGGCUGUCCCACCCCUGAGGAGGAAGAGGCCAGGAGGAUCUCUGAAAUGGGCAAGCCCAUUCUAGGAGAGCACAGCAGGAUAGAGAUCAUUAUCCAGGAGUCCUGUGAGUUUAAGACUGCCAAUGGAGUGCUCGAUCAGAGCACUGUGGAUAAACUCCUGAAGGACACAAGCCUGGCUGUGGUGAUUGGCUCCCAUACAUGGAGGGAGCAGUUCAUCGAAGCAGUGACAGUCAAUGCAGGCGAUCGAGACGAGGGAGAAGAGCAGCCAAUGCCAAACUGCUUUGACUAUUUUAUGCACAUUUUGUGCAUUUUUUGGAAAGUUGUGUUCGCUUGUGUCCCUCCAACUCAUUACUGGAAUGGGUGGGCAUGCUUCAUAGUGUCGAUUUCCGUCAUCGGCUUCUUAACAGCCAUUAUUGGAGACCUUGCUUCCCAUUUCGGCUGCACAGUCGGGCUAAGAGACACUGUAACGGCAGUGGUGUUUGUGGCCCUGGGGACUUCACUUCCUGAUACCUUUGCGAGUAAAGUGGCUGCAACCCAGGACCAAUAUGCAGAUGCAUCCGUGGGGAAUGUGACUGGAAGCAAUGCAGUUAAUGUGUUCCUGGGAAUUGGUGUAGCUUGGUCUGUGGCCGCCAUUUAUUGGGAAGCCAAAGGUAAGGUUUUCCACGUGGACCCUGGUUCACUGGCUUUCUCUGUCACACUCUUCACCAUAUUUGCCUUCCUCACAAUGGGAGUGUUGAUGCUACGCCGGAGGCCUUCCAUAGGUGGCGAACUGGGGGGGCCACGGAUCCCAAAAAUCCUGACGUCACUGAUUUUGCUUGGACUGUGGUUCCUUUACAUUCUUUUCUCUAGCUUGGAGGCCUACUGCCAUAUUCAAGGCUUCUGAGAAAAGUCUAGUCGGGGACAAUCAUUGCACAAAUAUAUAUGGCAUUCUCUUGAAAAGAACUGAUGUUCUGACUCGUUUGGAGAAGACCUACCAUCACCUGACAAUCUGCUGCACAUGGGACAAAAGACAAACUUGGUCAGGAUUCCAGUCUGAGGAAUUGAUUGUCAUGGUACGGCUCAUUCAGGGGGCUAAAUAGCACACAGUGUUAUUAAAAAGACGAGAAAAUGGUGAAAAUCUUAUGUUGAAAAGGGUCGAUGCUGUUCAUCAUGCUUAAUGAAUGAAAUUGCUUAUUAGGAAUUAUACUGAAGCAAUUGUUAAAGCCAUGCAUCUGUUUUGCAAUGUAUUUUAUUUGUUUUUAAUGGGACACGUCUGUAUUUGCACCACUAAAUACAUAGUUGAUGUAUCUAUCAUAAAGAGUUCAGUACUGGUACCCUAUAUCCUUUUUCUCUCUAUAGAAGGACAGCAGUGACAAGCACCUUUCAGGUUACACAUGUGCAAAUUUAGUUAUUUUUUACUUUAAGAAAAUGUUAUAAACGAUUGGAAUUAUACAGACAAUGCAUAAAUCCAAUAUUAUAUACAGUAUUUCAGUGGAUUUAUUUGAGGUUCUCGUUAUUAUUUUUUUUCCAUUCGUGUCCCCUGACUGCACAUCACUGAUAGCAAAUUAACUUUGUCGACAUAAAAUUUGAGAACUAAAGUUCCACGAAAAAUCAUUUUUUUUUGUCUAUGUUGACACGUGCUGAAACUUUAUCAUUUGUCGACUUAAACAGGUUCUAAUGUAAAAGGAUAUGGAAGAGCAGGAAGAAAUACUCCUGUCAUUGUUACCUCCAGUUCUGUGAAUUAGAAUUAGAUGUUCCUUUUUUUGUCAUAUUUACUGCUAUUGUCGACCAACUGUGUUUUCAUGUUCAAAUGAAACAACCGUAUUAAUGCACUACUUGAACACUACGAGGGCAUCAAUAAUUACACUGGCAAUGCAGUCACCCCCCGUUCAUCGCAGUGAAUUGGUUCCAGACCCGACCAUAAUUGAAGGCUUUAAAUGGCUGUAGACACAAUAUGGCUUUUAGGUGCAGUGUCGCAGUAAAUGUGGCGACUCUAGUACCUGUCUCACCGAACAAUUACUGGCACCUAGUGGCCAAUGUAGAAUACAGCGCUACGUUCACAAUUAUGGUAGAAUGCUUUUUCUGCCUUGUAGUGGUAUUUUACUUCAUUUAACCAGUUUAUGCUUGAAAGUGCUUAAUUCAGCCCAGUUUGCUUAAAUGUGCAUUAAAAAACUAAUAAUAGGCCGUAUUCAACCAUGAAAGAGUGAUUAUUUAUUCAUUCAUUUUUGAAGAAUCACGAUGCAGCGAGGGA